AUGUGCCAGAAUUUCGGGAACCUACAUCUAACUGGACCUCUGAAGGACAUGAAUUUCUCUGUUCCAGAGGGAUCUGGAGUGCGCCUCAUAUACCAGUUCACAUCUGAGCCACCUGCUGUGAGUUUCAGAGCGACUGGUGAAAAAGACGGAAUACUCGACGUCACGCCGGAGACGGGAGUCCUGUACCUCAAUGGGUCUCUAGACUGGGAGAACAAAACAAAGUACAGCCUGCAGGUGGAAAGUCUGGAUGAAAAGGGACAGCGAGUGAAAGGUCCAUACACUGUUAUAAUUUUUGUUGAGGAUAUCAAUGACAACCCACCAGAAUUUGAUCAGCUAAAGUACACUGGAGUAGUGAGGCAGAACUCCCGUCCAGGGAAGCCCUUCAUGUAUGUCCAUGCCACCGACCGUGAUGAUCCUUCAACUCCUCAUGCACAGCUGACUUACAGCAUUUUCCACCAUUUUCCCAACCCUUAUUCGAAAAUGCUUUUCCAGAUCAACAAUGUAACUGGAGCAAUCUCACCGAGUAUUACAGGCUCCUAUUACUUAGAUCCCAAAAAGCAGGACACCUUCACUCUUGUGGUCACUGUGAAGGACAUGGCAGGGAUGACAACAAACGCUUUCACCAAUAGUGCUGACGUGGUCAUCACUGUGAAGGAGAGUCUGUGGAAGGCACCUCCCACCAUCCACAUCCAAGAGAACUCCACCCAGGACCACCCUGUCAGAAUCACCCAGGUGCACUCAAAUGAACCAGAUGUAAUAUAUGAGCUUUUUGAAAAAGAACAGCUGCCCAAGCUCCCAUUUUCUGUCGAUCAGAACGGAGUUAUUUAUGUGACUGAGCCACUGGACAGGGAAAAAAAAGAUGCUUAUUCAUUCUUUGUGAUCACAAAAGACAAAGAAGGAGAACUGGUGGACAAGCCUCUGAAGAUUUCUGUUGAAGUGGAAGACAUAAACGACAAUCCUCCCGUGUGCCAGAAGGCUCUCACUGUCUUUGAAGUUCAAGAGAAUGAAGGUGCAGGAAGUAAUAUUGGAACUGUGUCUGCUACGGACAUGGAUGAGAAAGACACCCUGAAUUCUCGUCUGCAGUACAGAAUUGAGAGCCAGGUUCCGGCAGUUCCUGCAAGUGAUCUCUUCUUUAUUCAGCAAGACACUGGGAAACUGCAGUUAAUUAACCGUUCGUUAAACAAGCGUAUUGCUUCCAAUUAUUCCUUGAAGGUGUUGGUGACAGAUGUAGCAUUCCAAACAAUCUGUGAUGUGCAAAUACAUGUCAUUGACAUCAAUGAUCAGAUUCCCAUCUUUGAAAAAUCAGAUUAUCAGAAUGUGACUGUUGCAGAAGAUCUCCCAGUAGGAACAGUGAUACUAGAAAUUCAAGCUACUGAUGCAGAUGAGCCUCUCACAGGGAGUUCUUACAUUGUUUACGAAGUUAAGGAAGGAGAUCCGAACAAAACGUUCAUCAUAGCCACAGAUCUAGAAACAAACCGAGGAUUCAUCAAGAUUAACAAGGCUCUCGAUUUUGAAACAACACAAGUGUACAACCUGGUGAUCAAUGCCACAAACCCUGAACCUUUGGUGCCAGGAGUGCAGUAUAACUCAAGCUCCAUCGCGGUCUUCAAAGUUUUUCUAACAGAUGUGGAUGAACCGCCUGUUUUCAGCAGAGAAACUUAUAUAGGAGAAGCAUUUGAAAAUAUUCCUGUCAAUACCCUGGUCAUGACAGUGGAAGCCUAUGAUCCUGAGGGGGAUACUGUACGAUACUCCUUAGAAGGAGAUGUGAAGAAAUGGCUGAGGAUUGAUUCAUCCACUGGGGAGAUAUACACCGCUUCCCCGCUGGAUCGAGAACAAGAACAAGCGUAUGAAGUUCAGGUUGUUGCAUCAGAGUCAAAUAGCGUAGCUCAGAAAUCCAAAGCAACCUUCAUAAUGAACUUAAAGGAUGUGAAUGAUAACCCUCCACGCUUAGCUAUGGAUUAUAUUCCGUUCUUCUGCCACCCGCUCAGUGAAGGAGAGAGAACACUGAUUCAAGCCACUGAUGAUGAUGAACAGAAGUUUUAUUCAACGUUUACCUUUUCUCUUAAGGAUGAUAUGAAUACAAGAAAUAAUUGGGAAAUCUCAAAAGUCAACAGUACUCAUGCUUAUCUUUCUCCAAAACAUACUAACUUUGAAGAGAAGGUCUAUAAUGUUCCAGUAAUAAUUAAUGACAACGGAAGACCACCUUUGGAAGGAGAAAUAAAUCUUGAAGUAAACAUCUGCAAGUGUUCAAGCGAAAGGUCAUGUUUUAUAGAGGUACAACGUGAGCACUCCUGGCCAACUGCAGGUCAGGCAAUUGGGAUUAUUCUUGGGGUAUUGCUCAUCAUUGGUUCCAUUAUAGGCGGUGUGUUUUUUCACAUGAAAUACAAACAGAAAGAUAAAAAGAAGAGCCAUCAGGAAGAUGUAAAGGAUCAGGCUGAACUCUAUAAUCUGACUAAAUGACUGUUUAUUUCAUCAAGAGAAAAAAUGACGUUUGGGCUGGGAAGAAGUGACCUUUGUAGCUCCCAAAGCCCAGAAGCAUAUUACCAUGAACUGAGGGUAUGAACAUGCAAAAGCAAGCUCCCAUGGUUUUGUCCUCA